AUGGCAUUUCCAAGGCCCAAACCCACUACGAUGGAGAUGCUCGCAACUGAGCGUCACGACCCGCCUUUCAAUGUCCGCAAGAUGGCUGUUGCCCUCCACGGCUCCGAGGAGGCUCUCCAGCUCAAGGAGAAGUUCAUGGCAGAGCUCGCGAGAAACCCUGCGUUCAAGAACAACGACAUCCAUGAUAUCUCCAAGGAUGAGAUUCGUGAACGGACAAUGGAGAAGUUCGGCGCAAUGGUCGAGUUUGUGACGACCGAGAGCAUCGAAGUCUUCACUCAGCGCAUGGCGCUCGUUGGCAUUGCCGACCCGGCCUUUUGGACGCGCUUUGGUGUCCACUACGGCCUGUUCUUGGGGGCGCUUCGCAGUGGCGCCACUCCCAACCAGAUGAGCUACUGGAUUGACAAGGGAGUACUCGGCCUCAACGGCGUCAUCGGCUGCUUUGCCAUGACUGAGCUGGGUCACGGCUCAAACGUCGCUGGUCUCGAGACUACCGCUACCUUUGACCACGAGAGUGACACGUUUGUCAUCAACACGCCCCAUCUCCGUGCCACCAAGUGGUGGAUCGGUGGUGCCGCGAGCUCUGCAACUCACGCGGCCGUCUUUGCUCGUCUCAUCAUCGACGGCAAGGACCACGGCGUCCAGACUUUUGUCACUCAACUGCGCGACCCCAAGACGUUCCGCACCAUGCCUGGCAUUACGAUCGGCGACAUUGGCAAAAAGAUGGGUCGCGACGGUAUCGACAACGGCUACAUCCAGUUCACUUUUGUCAACGUGCCGCGCGCGCACAUGCUCAUGAAGAACACGCAGGUGUCGCGCGACGGCAAGGUCACCAAGCCGCCUCUUGCGCAGCUCGCUUACGGCGCGCUUCUCGGUGGCCGCACCUCAAUGGUCGCCGACUCGUCCAACUCUGCCAAGAAGGCUCUCACCAUUGCGGUCCGAUACGCUGCAGUCCGCCGCCAGUUCGCGUCGGGCGGUAACACGCUCGAGACCCAGCUCCUCGACUACCCCAUCCACCAGCGCCGCCUCAUGCCCCUCGUCGCGCAAGCAGUCGCGAUUGGGUUUACCGCCACCAAGCUCCAGGCAAUGUACGAGGACAUGACACAGUCGCUCGACCGCCUCAAGCCGACCGACCCGAACCUGAUGGAGACUCUUGCCAAGCUCAAGGAGACUCACGCCACCUCUGCAGGCCUCAAGGCGUUCUGCACAUGGUCAACGCUCGACACGAUCGAAAAGUGCCGUCAGUCCUGCGGUGGCCACGGCUACUCGUCGUACUCGAACCUCCCCGCGCAGUUCAACGACUUUGCUGUCCAGUGCACUUGGGAGGGUGACAACACCAUUCUCGCUCUCCAGGCUGGCCGUGCCCUUGUGGCCUCUUAUAUCGGUGCGACGCAGGGUGCCAAGCUCCCCUCGGGCGUUGCGUACCUGUCCAACGAGGCCAACCUCACUGCAAAGUCGGAUGGCACGCUCUCGCUCGACGACAAGGAGUGCGGUUGGGACUGCGUCGCUGCCAACGCUGCCAAGAAGGCCGCGUACGAGUACGCCGAUUUCCGGAAGCAGGGCAAGCAAAAGGACGAGGCGUACGAGCUGUGCUCGCAGUCGCGCUUCAUCGCCGCAAAGCUCCACACGACUGGCUACAUCUUCAAGAUGUUCAAGGCCGCGCUCGCCGACCUCGCCGACAGCCCUGAGAAGACGGCGCUCACCACUGUCGCCAAGCUUUAUGGAGCGUGGCAAAUCGAGCAGAACGAGGGCGUUUUCCUCAAGUAUGGCUUCCUCCAGCCCUCGCACACGGACGAGGUACAGCGCCAGGUCGACGCGUUCUGCGCCGAGACGCGCAAGUUCGCCGUGCCCCUCAUCGACUCGUUUGCGCUCUCGGACCACAUCAUCAACUCGCCACUCGGCAAGUGGGACGGCUCGGUGUACGAGUCGUACUUUGCCCAGGUGCGGGCGCAGAACCCUCUGCCAAAGGAGCACCCGUACUUUAAGCGUCUUAUCAAGCCGCUUCUCGAGCGCGAGCCAUUCAAGCACGUCGAUGUCGAGGCUGACAUGGACCUUGACAACGAGCUGGCGGAAAUGCACGCCAGGAUGGCAAAGAGCAAGAGCAAGAAGUCUCGGGACCAGAAGGAGUAG